AUGUGAUACUAACAGCAGCUGGACAGUGAAGGCAUCUAAUCGAGGACUUAAGAUGGCAGCGAAGGAUCAAGUUUGUGUUGUGUUGGGUGAGUGGGUAAAGGUUGAUAGCUUCGUCUGGAACUUCGAACCUGAAACGCCUCCUGGAAACAACUUUGUUCGACUGCGCGAUGGUAUGUCGUACAAACAACUGGUGGCCAAAGUGAAAGAGAAGCUUGUUCUACGAGCUCACGAAGUUGUCAUCAAGAUGGCGUACCAUUACCCAGCGUGGUUCGAGCUUGAUGAGAGAAAUGGAUCAUCACCACAAUAUAUCACAGACGACGAAGAGGUUGGUGUGUUCGUACGUAUGCGGCGUUAUAUAGAAGAAGUUGACCUCUGCGUGACCGUUGUUAACAAGACGCCGCCACAACAGCCUAGCCCACAGAAAGAAGAGAGGCAUUGGCUGCGUCAUGCUUAACUGAACAGUGAUGGAGAGUCAGAUUCCGACUCAGAAGACAUCUACUAGCAUGAUUUUGCACUUGACGCACCCCUCCGGACCCAGACCACAAAGCCACUCGCACCAGCAGGGGCUGUGAAGGAAGAUCUCGUCAUGUCCUCUGUUCCUGCGACAAAAGAAAGAAGAGUAGUCAUCACGGAGGGAGGCGAUACAAUGACUAAGAAAACUGCAAUUUGUGGUGAUAGGGAGAAAGGAAAAGCUGUGGCUGACGCUAGUGAAGAUGGAACAUCUAGUGACAAUGAUGACAGUGACUUCCAAAUUGUUCCGUACCCAACCUGACAACCCACUUCUCGUUGAAUGUAGUCAAGCUAGGACAUGAGAGAAGGAUGUUAGCUCACAUGAUGCGCUCACCAGACCCCUGUUAGAACCUACUUCAACUGGGAGCACCAAUGGUAUUGAAGGUGACAUGGAAGUUAACUCUGUUUCCAUGUGGGAACGUGUAGAAGAAGCAUUACACACAAUGCUAACCGACAUGAGUGACGAUCCGGCGUUGUUUUGUCGUGUUUCACCACCGAUAUUCAAUGA